AUGCUUUACAUGAAUCCAGAGAUGCUCGAGGUCAGCCGGAGCUCCCUUGUCAUCGCUUCCCCGGCGACCAUCCUGUCUAGCGAGCAGCGCGCCCCAGGACGGAGUCCGGAUGCAGCAACCUUCCAAGAGAUCCUGCGCUUUCAUGACUCAUGCAUUCGAGCAGAGGCAGAGGUGUCAGCCGCCUCAGCGCAGAGUUUCUUCGACUUUGAUGACCUGCCUCCAGCCGGCGUGUCCGAGCACAUUGCCGACUCCUUGCAGCCACAGGAGCCGCGUUUGGAAGAUGCGGAGCCAAAGCCUGCUGAGGUGGAAACAGAGCCACGGGCCGCCGAGAAGCCGAGAGCUUUGCAAGGUCAUGGCCUCUUUGUUUCCAAAGAACUUGGGCAGAAGCUCGCCAUGCUGGAGCAUGAAGAGACUCCACCAGACUCUCCUGGGGAUCUGCAUGGUCCACUGGAUGAGAAGUCUGCUCUGGCGCUGCUCCGCGGCCGGGCCGACCCCAACGCUGCGCUGGGCGCACUGCGGCGCACACCACUCUUCGCGGCGGCGGAGCGGUGCAACAUCAAGCUGAUUGACAACCUGCUAAAGUUUCGGGCCGACGUCAAUCGAGCCGAUCUUGCAGGCGAGACACCACUCUUUGCUCUUUGCCAUGCGGCUGCCUGGGCUGAUGCUUCUCUCCGCAGCCGCCGUGCCGCAGUGCAAAGGCUGCUGGAAGGCGAGGCUGACAUCGAUUUCGCCAACCCUCGAGGGCGCACGCCGCUCCAUGCGGCAAUCACCAGCGGUGAUAUUGCAGUUCUUUCGGUUUUGCUGGAGGAUACCGCGAAUGUGAACGCACGCGAUUUGGGUGGCUUCACAGCCUUGAUGUGGGCUGCUGGCCGGGGCAACGCAGAAGUUGUCAAAGCUCUGCUUACAGCUCGGGCCAACACGGCCUCAGCUGCGAACCGUGGCGAAACAGCCAUGCUCUUUGCGCUUACCAACAAGUGCGAGUCGGUGGUCCAGACCCUUCAAAACCACGCCGACCAGCAGCCCAGAGAGGGCAAGGCCGCCGGGGCCGCGACUCUGGCUCACUGCAGGCAUGGAGAUCCAGAGCCAGCUGCAUUCAUGGGUCAGGUACGUGCAAAGUUCGCACCCGAUCUGAGCUCCCAUUCCUAUGCGGAGAAACCUACAGGGCAUCGAGUUUUGGAAGCAUGUCUCCCGAAAUGCCACAAUGCUUCGCGCCGCAGCGUUCUGAGUCAUCAAGCCUUCCGGAGACAUAGCACCAUGGUGCACUACAGUGAGCAAUGCCCGAAAUCUACGUGGACCUUCGCAGAGGACCCUGUGGUCGGCCACGAGAUGCAGGGGCACUGGGGCAAUCCUUGCAGCUCACUCAAGCGGACACCUCAUGCGAUGCCGAACGGCUUCCGCCCUGAUGUGAUGCUCUGGCGGCUAGUUCUUCGUGUGGACAACGUGGAGGAUGACAGCAUCUCAUUGCGAGUUGCCGCACGUCAGGCCAGGAUGGAGCCAGGAAAAUGGUCGAAUCCCGCCCUGGGCAUGGACAGAGCGAGCAAGCUGCUUGCAAACCAUGUGCAGGAGGAUCUCAAACUCGCGGCUGGUGCAAGAGAGAUUGUGAUGAAAGCCUCGUCAGGGUGGGACUGGCCGCCUUUGCAGUGGCGACAUCACAGCAGCGCUGGGCUCUACAGAUUCCUGCGCAAUGCUGUGCAAAAGGCCUAUGCGCGGUUGGACCAGCAGGUAUGGACUCCUGUUUCCACUGCCGUACAAGCUCCAAGAAGCCUCUUGUAUGGCAAGAAGAUGCAAGCGGAAGGCAAGCAUGACGACCACCUGAGGUGUCCAGCACUGAGCUUGCCCAUCGCAGCCCCGAGCCCGGAGUUGGACGAUAUCGAAGCCCACCAGAGCGAUCAGACAGGCACCGAUGUGUGGGAUCCUGGGAUCGUCCUCGCUUCUGCGCUCCCGCAGCUCCUUCCGGGAUCUGAGCGGAAUUUGGAGCUGCUCGAGCUGGGAGCGGGCCUUGGUCUCCUCGGCUUUGUCGCCGCCCUCCUUGGCCACAGCUGUACCUCUACAGAUCUCGAAGCCGUUCAUGCCUCUUCUGAGAAGUUUGCAGCCGAAUGUGCGGAGCUUCCGGCGCUUACUGGCUGUUGCUGGCAGUGGAAGGUCCUCGACUGGUCUGAACCGCCAGACUGGGUAUUGGAGAGGACAUGGGACAUCUUGUUGGGGGCCGACCUGCUUUGGUAUGCCGUUGGGCAUGAUGUGAACCCGGCACCCCGGAGCUGGGCUGCCAGGCUUCAGACCCCGUUGCUGCGAUUCCUUUCACGGCUGCGAUUCACAGAGUUCCUCCUUGCGGAGCGCGAGCGGGAUCUCGAGGCCACCGAGGAGUUCUUCCAAGUUUUGGACCUGUUUGGUUUCGAGGCACGUCGAGUGGACCUGCCCGGCGGCAAGUGCGGCUCCCUAACUGAGGCCGUUGACGUCGCCAUUUGGAGCAUUCGACACUCCUGCCUCAUGACUGUGCCGGCGGCCAUCUGGAGCAGAGAUACUGUGACGAACGAGGACAGCGUUUUCAACUUCCCGGUGCCAGGAUUACCAGAGACGGUGCGUGCCUGCCAAAGCCUACAAAGCGACGAGUUGGGAGCAGUGGUGUGGGAUGCUGCGGUGCUUCUUGCCUGGUUUUUGUGCCAGAACGAUUGGCUCUGCCACAAUGCCCGCAUCCUGGAACUCGGCGCCGGCACCGGUCUUGUUGGCCUGGUUGCAAAGGCCUUGGGUGCAGAGGGAGGCCUCCUCAGCGAUCUGCCAAUGCUCGUGCCUUUGCUGGAGGACAGUAUAUCUUUGAACGCUGCGUGGGUAGAGGACAUGGCGGCCAUCAGUUUGGACUGGGAAGACCCGCAUUGUGUGAAGGACAUCCGAGAUAUUUUCCAGCCUCAGCUGCUGCUCCUGGCAGCUGAUGUUGUUCAUCAGCGAGUUCCCUACCUAGCCUUGCUGGAGACAAUCCGGUACAUUUGUGACCUCCGAAGCCCGAAAGCCACGAGACUGCUGCUAGCUCACCAGGACCGACAGCCGGAGCACACAGACCGAUUCCUUGAAGCUGCUUUGGAGCAAGGCUUCAGUAGCCGUGUCGUGGCGAGACAUGCCAACGAGAAAACUUGCUUGGCGAAGCUAGGCAUCGAGGAUCUACAUGCUCAGUUGGAACGAGCCGGAACUGCAUAUUUCCUCUUUUCAGAGGAAGCUUUCGGUGUGCACAACAUUUGCUGGCUGCGAGUUGCACGCUGUAUCGGAGACGACGACAGCUCUUGGUCGAACUUCGCCACUCAGAUGAGUCGAAGGGGCACAUGGCGUGCUGUCGCGUUGGACCUGGAUGGAACCACUCUGAACAGCAGUCACACGCUCAGUGCCCGCACAGUGGACGCGAUUCAGAAGAUUGAAUCCCGGCUCUUUCGAGAUGUUGCAGUCCAGAUGCAUCAGGAGCCGCUUGUCCCUAUCGCUUCAGAGACGUCGAAUCUAUCGGCUAUCGGCCAAAAGCCCAAGGUCCAUGUCAUCAUUGCGACUGGGCGUCCAGUCCUCUCCCUGCAGGCACAAGCGCCCCCCUACGUGACAGAGCUCGGCCUGACGCGACCGGUGCCCACGGUGUGUUUCAACGGAGCCUGCGCGACGCUGGUGGAUCCUUGGGGUGAAGGGCAGAGAGUCCUGAUCUCACGAGGCUUGAGCCACUCAGCGACAGAGAGUUCCUCGACGGCAGCUUUGGAUGGCUCGUUGGUCCACCAUUCGCGAAGCACAUGGCACCUCGGUGGUGCCGUGCCCCGCCUGAACAGGAAAACUGAAAUCCACGAAGAGUGGCUUCAAUCCUUCGAGGAGUUGGAAGGCAUGGAGCAGGAGCGCGUGGAAGAUUUGUGGGAGCUGCUUGAAACAGAGACGCCCCUCAAGGUCGUUGCGCUCGCUGAGAAUCCUGCGGCACAGGCUGCCAAGGCUCGUGCUAUGCUGCCACCUGGUGCGGCCCACGUGGUGGCAGCCGAGCAACACGUAGAGUUUUUGUCGGUAGAUGUGAGCAAAGGUGAUACCCUUCGAAGACUGUGCACAGAGCAUCUGGGAAUUCCAAUGGAAGAGGUAAUUGCCUUUGGCGACAACUUCAACGACAUAGAAAUGCUCCAGCUGGCUGGCCAGGGCGUGGCAAUGCAGAACGCCCGCGAGGAGCUCAAGGAGGUUGCAAGUAGAGUCAGCGAGUGGACAAACGACGACGAAGGCGUGGCAAGGGAGCUGGAGCAGCUGUUGGCCUCCUUUGCAGAGUGA